AUGAGGCAGCGGGUGAUGAUCGCCAUCGCCCUGUCCUGCGAUCCCCUGCUCCUCAUCGCGGACGAGCCGACGACGGCGCUCGACGUGACGAUUCAGGCGCAGCUGCUGGACUUCGUCCGCGAGAUCAAAGAGGAACGCGGCAUGUCGGUAAUGUGGAUCACGCACGACCUGGGCGUGGUAGCAGAACUGUGCGAUCAGGUCGCAGUGAUGUACGCCGGUUCGAUUGUCGAGAUGGCGUCGGUGGACGACAUCUUCGCGCGGCCCAAGCACCGGUUACACGUCGAUGCUGCUCAACUCCAUGCCCUCGAUCGAGGAAGGACGGCUGGACGACUGAUGUCGAUCAAGGGCCUUCCGCCCAAUCUCGCGAGUUUGCGGCCCGGCUGCCCGUUCGCCGUGCGAUGCAGCGCGCCUGUGGAACGCUGCACCGUUGAGCGCCCCGCCCUGCUGCCCGCCGGCGAGGACCAUCUAGCAGCGUGCUGGAACCCGGUGGCCGACCCAGUGACAUCCACAAACUAG